AUGACGACGGCCGCAGUGUUCGGUUGUACAGGAGCUGUUGGCUCUCAGAUCCUCGCUACAAUCCUCGAGUCAAACUCUUUUUCUACCGUGCAGACCAUCUCAAGGAGACUCCCAAAUGCACAGUCUGCCAAGCUUCAAGCAGUCCAGGAAGUUGACACCUCAAAAUGGGGCGGCAUGAUCUCCACCUUGGCCACCAGUCCAUCUUUAGUGUUCAAUGCGGUUGGCACUACAACAGCAGCGGCGGGAAGCAUUAAGCACCAGUGGAAGAUCGACCAUGAUUUAUGUGUUGAGAACGCGCGAGCAGCCAAGGAGGCAGGCGUCAAGACGUAUGUUUAUAUCUCCAGUGGUGGAACCAGAAGCAUCCUCUGGGGGUGGGUUCCAUAUUCGAAAAUGAAGGUUGGUGUGGAAGAUGCUAUUAAGGUGCUCGAGUUUGAGAAUGCGAUUAUUCUGAGACCAGGGAUGAUUAUUGGAAGAGAGACGUCCAAGGCGUUACUUUUGGAGAAAUUUGUGGAAGGUCUCCAGAAAUUGGGACAAGGUAUUCAGGACAAAGUUGGUCAAAACCAAACGACUAUUGGUAGGGCAGCUGUGGCCGCUGCCCGUAUGGCGAUGGAUGGGAAGGCACCGUCAAAUUACUGGGUUCUGGAGCAGGCUGACAUUGUCAGGCUGGGCCGCGAUGAGUGGAACGAGUGA